AUGACCGUUCAUCUCUGGCUGCCAUGUCAAUGGUCUCCAAGCUUUCUUCCGUACUCCUACUUCAUCCGAGAAUUAUCUACAUCUACCUUCAACCACGGCUUCUCGUACAACCCCUUCUCCUCCCUUGACUCCUUCCUCGCCAUCUUCCUCACCCUAGCCACGAACAUCGAAACUAUCAACCUAACCGCUACCCGCGCUGAACCACUGGCAAACUGCCGAGAAAUCCUCGGUAUUUCAUGGUUUGAUUAUCCCGUCGAUGCUACACAGCAGGAGCAACAGCCCUUCGCUAAACUAUCGGACCUAUGCAUCGCGGAAAUCAAGCCUCAAGGUAUUGAGGCCGGUCAUACAUUCUGUAUGUCGGUUAUGCCCUCUGUAAAGUGCUUGCGGCUCCCGGGCUGGGGCAUUGAUGGUAUCGAUCUGCACCAUGACACGCCGUUGGCGCUUCAGCAUCUGGACUUGCGCGAUGUAGCGGUUAGUCCUGUACACGUGAUGCGAUGUUUCUUCCUUGGCCAGUUCGCCAAUCUCCGGCACUUGACUCUAGAUGGCACACAGGAUCUGCGGCACCGGUUGAAUGACCUGAGUUGGUUCUGCGGAACCUUCGAUUAUAAGGUGUUGGGUAGGAGACUGGUUCAGUACACGCCGUUGCUGGAGGUGCUGGAGAUGCGGAUGAAGAAGGACUCGACAAUUACGUGGCCAUUUAGUAUCGGGUCGCUUGUGGGGCUGACGAAGUUGCAUACGCUGCGCAUAAGUAUCGAUCAUCUUGUGUUUGCGGAUGGGUUGUUGAACCCGGAUCCAGUUGAUCCGCAUCAGAUUCUUCCGGCGUCGCUGCGGCAUCUGUAG